ACAAUCGGGACAACUGAGCACUCGGUAAUUGGACACUAGGAUCAAGGAAUCCAGUCUUUUUGAACAUUUUCUCAGCUAUUUACCCGGUCUGAGGCUAGCGUUUCCCCCCCUCUUGUCGACAGGAUAACUUCGUCUCUUGCCUGCUGCUCGCCGGUGAGGUUUUUAUUCUAAAUCAGCGAGAGCGAGGCUGUGUGUGGAGGUUGUAAUAAAUAAGAAGGGAAAUGCAGGGAUUCGUCAGGUUACAGUUGUACCGUUGAGCUGCCCCUGCGCUACGAAGCUUCCCCCGGUUUUUUGCCUUUCUUCACACGGGACCAUGGAGUGGUAAAAGAGGGGGAAUAGGACGAAUUCACCCGGAGCCAUUUGGAUUCAAACCCAGCGACCACACCGACUGUUUUUUACACUCUGGUGCUACCGAGUUUAUCCAAACCGGGGUAUACCUUUGCGUCUGGGAGAGCCUCGGGGACCCCUGCCGCUUUACACCCGGGGAAAGAGAGUUCCCAGGCGGCUGCCGGACAGCUUUUCCCUUUGAAAAGCCCCACACAGGCAGCCUGAAUGAGGGUGAGAGGAAGCGCCGCGGAACAGAGUGGCUGCAUGUGAUUGUGUCCGAGGGUCCGGGCAUCACAGAGCUUUUUCAGGCACCUCAGCCCCGCUGUAGGCGCUGUCCGAUAUGGUGAAACUCUACAGAAGAGGGAGAACGGGUCACUACUUUUAAAAUCGCCCACAUGCACUGGAUCAAUUGCUGGAUUUGGGAACCGAAUACGCAGAAGGGGGGUUGGGGAUCCUUGGAGGCUGCCACAGGAUGGAGCGGUGUAGCCGGGGUUGGUGAGAGCCUAACUUCGGGCCACUUUACAUUUCUUAUUCCUACACAACUCGCCCCAGUUCCCAGGACACAUGCAGGCCAAAAAACGCUACCUGAUCCUGCUCUCCGCCGGUGCAUGUCUGGUGCUUCUCUUCUACCUCGGAGGGGUUCAACUUCCAGCGGCGAGCAGGAGCCGGCAUGACCGCAGCCGGCAUGGGUACCGGCCCGAUCAGCCCUGGCCUCACUUUUCUGACCCUUUACACCUUUUCCUGCCUCUGGAUCAGACGGACACCGAGGAGUACAACCUGCACAUAUCUCCGAGGCAGAAGAGGGACGUCAACACGAGUGUUUACAAAGGCAAACGGUGCCGCAUGGAUUCCUGCUUUGAUUUCUCUCAGUGUCAAAAGAACGGAUUCAAAGUUUAUGUUUACCCGCAGCAGAAGGGGGAGAAGAUCUCAGAGAGUUAUCAGAAUAUUUUAUCAACCAUUGAGGGGUCCAGGUUUUACACCUCAGACCCUGGACAGGCGUGUCUGUUCAUCCUGAGUCUGGACACUCUGGACCGGGACCAGCUGUCCCCGCAAUACGUCCACAACCUGAAGACCAAGGUCCAGAACCUGCCUCUGUGGAACGAUGGCAGGAACCACCUCAUAUUUAACUUGUAUUCGGGGACGUGGCCGGACUAUACGGAAGACUUGGGCUUUGACAUCAGCCAAGCCAUGUUGGCCAAAGCCAGCAUCAGCACUGAGAACUUCAGGCCCAACUUCGACGUGUCCAUCCCCCUCUUCUCCAAGGAGCAUCUGAGGACUGGCGGAGAGAGGGGCUUCCUCAAGUACAACUCCAUCCCGCCUUUUAGAAAAUACAUGCUGGUGUUCAAAGGGAAGCGCUACCUGACAGGUAUUGGCUCGGACACCAGGAAUGCCUUACAUCACGUCCACAACGCAGAGGAUGUGGUGCUGCUCACCACCUGCAAACAUGGCAAAGACUGGCAGAAGCACAAGGACGUGCGAUGUGACAAGGACAACGCUGAGUAUGACAAGUACGACUACAAGGAGAUGCUCCACAACUCCACCUUCUGCUUGGUGCCCCGUGGCAGACGCCUAGGCUCAUUUCGCUUCCUCGAGGCGCUGCAGGCUGCGUGUGUACCGGUGAUGCUGAGUAACGGUUGGGAGCUGCCUUUCUCCGAGAUCAUCGACUGGAACACAGCCGCAGUGAUCGGCGACGAGAGGCUGCUGCUGCAGAUCCCGACCACGGUGCGCUCCAUCCACCAGGAUAAGAUCCUCUCCCUCCGACAACAGACUCAGUUCCUCUGGGAGGCCUACUUCUCCUCCGUUGAGAAGAUAGUGCUGACCACACUGGAGAUCAUCCAGGACCGUGUGUUGGCGCACGGCUCUAGGAGCAGCCUGAUGUGGAACAGUCACCCUGGGGGACUCUUCGCCCUGCCGCAGUACUCUGGAUACCUGGGAGACUUCCCCUUCUACUACGCUACACUGGGCAUUAAACCGUACCCCAAGUUCACAGCGGUCAUCCAUGCUGUCUCUCCUCUGGUGUCCCAGUCCCAGCCCAUACUCAAGCUCCUGGUAGCGGUGGCCAAGUCCCAGUACUGUGCACAGAUCAUCGUCCUGUGGAAUUGUGAUAAGCCUCUCCCUGCCAAGCACCGCUGGCCGGCCACCUCUGUGCCCGUCAUCGUCAUCGAGGGGGAGAAUAAGGUGAUGAGCAGUCGCUUUCUGCCCUACGAGACCAUAGUGACCGAUGCUGUCCUCAGCCUGGAUGAAGACACCGUGUUGUCCACCACAGAGGUGGAUUUUGCCUUCACCGUGUGGCAGAGUUUUCCAGAGCGAAUCGUUGGUUACCCGGCUCGCAGCCACUUCUGGGACAGCAACAAGGAGCGUUGGGGCUACACAUCCAAAUGGACCAACGAUUACUCCAUGGUGCUGACGGGGGCUGCCAUCUACCACAGGUACUACCAUCACCUCUACACCAACUUUUUACCCACAAGUCUGAAGGGCAUGGUGGACCAGCUGGCCAACUGUGAGGACAUCCUGAUGAACUUCCUGGUCUCUGCGGUCACCAAGCUGCCGCCCAUCAAAGUCACACAGAAGAAACAGUACAAGGAAACCAUGAUGGGACAGUCUUCAAGGGCUUCUCGCUGGGCUGAUCCGGACCACUUCGCCCAGCGGCAAACCUGCAUGAACAAGUUCGCCAGCUGGUUUGGCGCCAUGCCGCUGGUCCACUCUCAGAUGAGGUUGGACCCCGUCCUGUUCAAGGACCAGGUCUCCAUCCUGCGCAAGAAAUACAGGGACAUUGAGAGGCUCUGACAGGACCGGCGCCCCCUCGCGGGAGACCCCACGCAGGGGGAGGCGCGUGAGAGAGACUCAGUGGAGAGUAGAAGGAGUAGUAGGACUACAGCGGGGUGGACAGGGAGCAACACUGCUCUGUCUUCCACUCAGCACAUUGCCAAUGACCACAGCGCCGCUGCUGCCAGGACUUGACGUGUGAAGGGAUGAAUAGGAAACAAGCAGAUGGCGUUUGGAUACAAAAAACACAAACAGAAAUCGCAAACAGACAGACAGAGAAGAGUACACAAACUGAUGGACAUGCCAAACAGUUCUGUAUGUUCUGCAAAUGUGCAAACAUGCAGCACACACUACUGACGACGAGAACUCUUGGAUAGAAUAUUUUUUUGUACAACAUGAACAAGCACGACAUUGACUUUCCUGCUCUCUCGGCACAUGUGCAGGACGGUAGAAGAGGGAAGGUGUACACGAUCACAAACCUGGCAAACCCGGCCCACCAUAAGUCCUACUGAUCGCCCCUAGCAACCCUCCCCCAGCCUGCAUCAGGAUGUAAUACUGGACUUCCCAAUCCCCUGCUUUAUAGCCCAGGAAACCCUGUUCUUCAGUUGAUUUGAUUUCUGUACAAAUCAGCUCUUUGGUGUCACUGUUGACUCUUCUCUCUAAGAGGUUUCAAAUCAGAGCGUCUUCAGUGUCAUAUUUUCAUUCUCAAGGGAGAAACGUAAACAGCAGUGUCCUACCCAUUAUUGAAGUGUUUUUUUUAUAUAGCAAAGCAGCCAUUAUUUCUUGAAAUGCUCAGCUUCCUUGAGCCUGAAAACAUCCCAUCUCUCCUCUCCCCGGCUCACUCCUUGAUGUGCUGAUAUAGCUUUUAUAAUGGUCCCUCCGCCGCCCCGUUAUCACUGAGUUAAGUUAGAAAAACAUCUACUUUCAUAUCCCAUUUUCCUCUCACCCUCACCACUGCAUUUGUACUUUUCUCAUCUUUUUUUUUUCACUUACUUUCAUCAUCCUUUAUUCCCACCCUCCAAACUCUCGACUUCGCUCUUAUGCGCGUGUGUGUGAGUGUGUUUAUGUGUGCGUGCAUGUUGUGUGCACAGAGCCUUGAAAAGUUGGCUCAUCCAACCAUAAGCUCAAGCGGAGUACAUUCUCCUUCCGUUGGAAUGAGCGAAAUGAACAUUUCUAGAUGAAAUGGAGCAUAACGUUGCUUUCUAACCCAAACUCGUUUCGCCCAUUUAUUCUUCCUGCAUGGCCUCGCAGCACCAUCCUUACAUGGAGGAACGGAAAAACAUUUCAGACCAUUGCGGGUCUUUAGUGGCCGGUGUCAUUUCACAGGAGUGCUUGUAGAGAGAUUUUAGUUUUUAAACGCUGAGCGCAUCAGUGCCAUUCUGCCAUCAGGGUCUGCGUUUAACAAUUGUUUAUUGCACAUCACGUUGCCUACAUCAUUUCGAGAUGCCUAGACGCUCUUGUGUUGAAAUAUUUGAGUCAUCAGUCCAAUGUGGCUGUCCUGCCGUCACGAUUUUGUGUCCCCCGUGACCUCAGAGCCGUUAAAUUGACAAAAGGUUUUCUCCUCCAUUUGUCAGGCAGAGAUAUGUUUGGGCUUCAAUUAAGUAAAGCUAUUUCAAUUGGAGUGCUGUUUUAUUCCCAGGAGACAAGCUGUUGAUGAAACACUCUAACAUUACGGACGGCUGUGAUGGGGAAGCAGUGACCCACAAACAUGACCUGCUGGCUGAUGCUAGCCUUGGGAGAGCUUUUUUUUCCCUCCCUGCCACACAGCCUCCCUGUUACUUAUAACAUCUGCUCAGAUCGCCCAUAGUAUUUACGGCAAACCGCCUAACAUUUUGCACCUUAAAUGACCUUAUUGGUAUUGGACAACCAUACGAGAUCUAAAUGCUUAAAUGACUAGCUCCAGCGGCUUUGAGCGCAGGCAACUCUCAUAUUUAGUUUUCAGACUCAUAAUGAAAGCAGCAUGCUUUUAGUGGCCUUUCUGUCAGGCAGGCAUUCAGCGUAAUGUCUGUUCAGUGUGUGUGUGUGUUAAUCAUUAGCUUACAUCCACAUUGUCAUUAUCAGCGUCACACAUGUUUUACUUUGGUUUUUAUCUGUUUUCAUUGUGUUCUACGAAUAGAUUAUAUGAAAUGUAUUGUAAAGCCUUUUCAGUGUCAACAAAGGUGUCGUUCACGCUAUGAAUUGUCAUAUCCAAAUGCUGCCAUUGCAAAGCUACUCUGUUUUCAGCAUUUAUCAAACAGCAGGACUAUCAUGUGUUUUCUUUCUCCCCAUCAUUGCAUUAAAUGUAUUUGCAUUCUGUGACUUCUAGUUUGGAGUGUUAGUUGUUUUGCCAGGAGAGAUUUACGAUCUGUUUAAUGUGGAGUCACAGCAGCAAAUGUUCUCUCAUCUAUAGUACAGAACGUGAUUCUGGGAACGACACACUCCUUACUCUGUGUGCAUCUGGUUCCUAUUCCUCCUUCUUGGGAGAACCAUAUUGUUUGAAUCCAUACCAAGCCUUUCAUGUUCAAUCAUUUGAAUCAAUGUAUGUGGAUCAUCUCAAGAGAACCGCGUCCCCCAGCUUUGCAGACAUUUCAAACGCAAAACACACCGCUCAUUUCAAAUCAACGCGCCUCUCAGCACUGUAUAUAGGCAUAUAUUUAUUUUUUGAAGAAAAAAAAACAGUGUACGAUUUGAGAUGACGUGGCGCAAACAUAAGACUGAUCCUGCAUCGCUGAGGGCAGUUAAUGGUAUUUAUUCAGAUUAUUUUCUAUGCGCUGCACAUUAAUCCACAAAGAUGCCAAUACACAGCUCUUGUUAUGUUUCACUGUGCGUUGGUUUUCCAGGGACACUUACUCACACUCUGUCUCAAACCGAACUCCCAAAGAGAGAGAGAAAAAGUCUUCAGAGUUGAGUUUUAACUCUAAAACAUCGAACACACCAGUGAUCUAGAAUUGGAUUGGGAGUCUGUGCGGGAGUCAAAUUGCAAAGUCCCAAUAAAGACUACGCCAACUGACACAUGGAAAAUAAUAAGCAGCUGGGUCCUCUGAACCAGAUGGAAACAUUUUCAGAUUGUGCCGUAACAUCUUCCCCCCAUGCAUUACAAUAAUGGGUCUGAAGCUGUCUCACACUGUGUUUAAAUUGCCUCUUUUCAAAGCCUGCUUUCAGGUCAGAUAACUUGGCAACAGAGACCUGCUCCAUCUCUCAGUUGGCGUGCUGUACGGUAUGUCGAGUCCGGUGCUCCAUCAGAGUGGGACGGAUGUGAUUUAGGCCACCUGGAAAACCUCUGCAUCCGCUUAUAAAGCCUCUGUCAUUUGAUUAGGGGGAACAUUAUGCAAGUUAUCAUUGUGUGCAUGAAAACAGAUGGAAGAAGGUUUACCCAAAAUGUGCCAGGCAGUCGGUGUUUAUAGUGUCAACAGCAUGUGUGCUGGAAACUAGUCUGUUCUUGAUUUGUGCCUUUUUAUCAACAUGUGAGUUCUCGAGAUGCCGAGCACUGUCUGUCCUAGACCUUUCCAGUAGACGGGCAGCAAUAGCAGCAAACGCAGGGCCCCAACAGCCCUGCAUUCAUACACUGGAUGAGUCACAGCUUCCAUUCCCUUAUUCCAAAACCCUGUUUUCAUCUUUGUGUUUGGACACUGUUGCUAAGGUGACAACGUAUGACCACUUCCUGUUUGGGAUUAUUUAUCAGUGAUUUGGCUGUUAUCACUUUACCAGUCAGAAGUCAAAUCUGUUGAUCUGGAAGGACUCGGUCAAGCCCAACUGUCCUGAUGCCUUCUCCUCCCUCCUACCAUGUAAUUAACAGAAGACUUUUAUAGAGGUCACAAAUGAAAUAGGUAAAUGCCAAUUUUGUAAGAAUGAUUUAUAAAAAAAUAAACUCUUAUUUGAUGAUAA